AAUACAAUACAAAGACAGACUACCAGUAGGAUCAACAACAUUAAAAACCGAUUUCUAUGUUGACGACUGUCUAACUGGAGCAAACACGAUUCCAGAGGCAAUUCAUGUUCGACAAGAACUAAAUAAAAUAUUGCUACCGUCCGGAUUCAAAUUGCGCAAGUGGUGCUCCAACAAUGAGCAACUUCUCCAAGGAAUCCCCAAAGAGGAUACUGUAACCGAUGUAAAACUAGGAGAGACACUAGAGCACUACAGCGUGAAAACUCUGGGUCUCAUCUGGAUGCCGAAGAAGGAUACAUUGUGUGGACGAACACAGAAAAGCCAGGCUACACGCAUCACCAAACGGGUGGUAUGUUCCGAACUGGCCCAAAACUUUGACCCACUAGGACUCUUUGCACCGGUGGUAGUAAAGGCAAAAAUCUUCAUGCAACAACUUUGGGAGCUCAAACUGGAUUGGGAUGACGAAUUACCAUUACAACACCAAACCGAAUGGAAAGAAUACCGGGACGACUUACAAACAUUGAACAAAAUGCAAGUUCCCCGGCAUAUCUACGAUGGUAAAACUCCAGUUACCCAAGAACACCAUACGUUUGUAGAUGCAUCAGAACGAGCAUAUGGCGCAGCUGUAUAUGUACGCGCUACAUACAAAAACAACCAAGUGUCAGUAAGACUGCUCUGUUCGAAAUCACGUGUGGCGCCGACAGCCAAACAAUCGCUACCACGGUUAGAACUGAGUGCUGCAGUCCUCGGUGCCGAGCUCACAAACCGAGUCCGACAGGAUCCGACAUUAACACGGUUUCAGGAUGGUGUUGGAGUGAUUCCACCGUUGUGUUAUCCUGGAUAAACGCAUCGUCAUCAACAUACCAUACCUUUGUGGCAAAUCGAAUAGCCAAAAUCCAGGCAUUAACAAACCAGUCACAAUGGCGUCACGUGUCAUCGGCCAACAACGCAGCCGAUGUCCUGUCGAGAGGAAUCGCAGCGAGCAGACUGGCAGAUCACAAUCUGUGGUUAUAUGGACCAUUAUUCCUGCACGGAUCUCGAGACAACUGGACGAAGGCACCCAACAUAGAACCCAGCAAUCUUGAGAGAAAAGCUAAACAUGUAAGCUUGCCAAUCACACCUAGCGCACUUGGGGACGAAUUAUAUACUUGCAGACAUAGCAACUCGUUUCACAAACUGCAACGCAUUGUGGCAUAUAUGUUACGCUUCUGCUACAAAACCAACAGAGCGAACACCACGACGCUCUGCGCAGAAGAACUGACUCACGCCCGCACUAUAAUCCUGCGAACCAUACAACAAGUCGAGUUUACAGCAGAGUUAAAACAGUUCCAACGCUAUAAGACUGUGGAUAGAAAGAGCUCGAUCAUAUCGUUAUCUCCCUUCCUAGGAGACGAUGGCCUCAUCCGAGUUGGUGGUAGACUUGAAGAAGCUCUACUUCCAUACAACGCAAAACACCCAGUUUUGCUGCCUUACAAUGACCCAAUCGUCAAAAUGAUCUUGCGGGAGCUACAUGAGGAGAACAUGCAUUGUGGUGCUCAAGCAUUAAGGGCAAUCGCAAGACAACAAUAUUGGAUUAUCAAUGACAAGACAAUGGCUAGAAGCAUCAUCCACAGCUGUGUUAGAUGCACCAAGGCUAGACCAAAGCUGAUGCACCAGAUCAUGGGCAAUCUCCCAGCACAACGAGUCACACAAGCACGCCCGUUUCUUAAUGCAGGCGUCGACUACUGUGGACCAAUCUCGAUCCACCAUAAGAUCCGAGGGAAAAGACCAGAUAAGGCAUACAUCGCCGUGUUCUGCUGCUUUUCCACAAAGGCAGUACACCUGGAGCUGGUAAGCGACCUGACCACAGAUGCAUUCUUGGCCGCCCUGCGUCGAUUCUUAAGCAGACGUGGGAAGUGCCAAACUAUUCAUUGCGACAAUGCAACGAACUUUGUGGGUGCAAACAACCAGCUUAAAGAAUAAGAAGACUCUAUAUUCAGCUCAAAGGCAAGUGCUCUGAUCACGAAUCAUUGCAACAAAAAACA